GGUCAGGUUUGCAAAUUCAUACCGAAGUAGCCGGUGCCAGAGCUUUGAACUCCUCAGCUCUGAUUCGGGAUGUUUUUUUAAAAUUAGAUCCUGAUUUCAUAAAUGUUUUUACUGUGUUUGGCUGCUUGGUGUGGCAGGACACUACUUGUUUUGACUGUCUUAGGUUAGCUAUAUAUAGAGAAGGCGGGACUCUUACUAUAAAUGUUCUUGGGAUACUCCUGUUGAUGUCUGUACCUCAGAUUUCAGGCUACAACAAUGGCUGCCCAAUUCCUAUUCUGUCAACCUCAUUCCUCAAGUCAACAUAUAGCAGAGACUGAACUCUUGAUUCUCCAGUGUUGACCCUCUCAAUUCCUGGGAUUGUAGACAUGGGUAGACUUAACCCAGGUUUUCUUCAUGACUUUCAGACAAUGCAGAUCUUCGUGAAGACCCUGACUGGCAAGACCAUCACCCUGGAGGUGGAGCCCAGUGACACCAUUGAGAACGUCAAGGCAAAGAUCCAGGACAAAGAGGGCAUCCACCCCGACCAGCAGAGGCUGAUCUUUGCAGGCAAGCAUCUGGAAGACGGCCGCACCCUGUCCGACUACAUCAUCCAGAAGGAGUCCACCCUGCCCCUGGUGAUCCGCCUCAGGGGUGGGAUGCAGAUCUUCGUGAAGACCCUGACUGGCAAGACCAUCACCCUGGAGGUGGAGCCCAGUGAUACCAUUGAGAACGUCAAGGCAAAGAUCCAGGACAAAGAGGGCAUCCACCCCGACCAGCAGAUGCUGAUCUUUGCAGGCAAGCAUCUGGAAGACGGCCGCACCCUGUCCGACUACAUCAUCCAGAAGGAGUCCACCCUGCCCCUGGUGAUCCGCCUCAGGGGUGGGAUGCAGAUCUUCGUGAAGACCCUGACUGGCAAGACCAUCACCCUGGAGGUGGAGCCCAGUGAUACCAUUGAGAACGUCAAGGCAAAGAUCCAGGACAAAGAGGGCAUCCACCCCGACCAGCAGAUGCUGAUCUUUGCAGGCAAGCAUCUGGAAGACGGCCGCACCCUGUCCGACUACAUCAUCCAGAAGGAGUCCACCCUGCCCCUGGUGAUCCGCCUCAGGGGUGGGAUGCAGAUCUUCGUGAAGACCCUGACUGGCAAGACCAUCACCCUGGAGGUGGAGCCCAGUGAUACCAUUGAGAACGUCAAGGCAAAGAUCCAGGACAAAGAGGGCAUCCACCCCGACCAGCAGAUGCUGAUCUUUGCAGGCAAGCAUCUGGAAGACGGCCGCACCCUGUCCGACUACAUCAUCCAGAAGGAGUCCACCCUGCCCCUGGUGAUCCGCCUCAGGGGUGGGAUGCAGAUCUUCGUGAAGACCCUGACUGGCAAGACCAUCACCCUGGAGGUGGAGCCCAGUGAUACCAUUGAGAACGUCAAGGCAAAGAUCCAGGACAAAGAGGGCAUCCACCCCGACCAGCAGAUGCUGAUCUUUGCAGGCAAGCAUCUGGAAGACGGCCGCACCCUGUCCGACUACAUCAUCCAGAAGGAGUCCACCCUGCCCCUGGUGAUCCGCCUCAGGGGUGGGAUGCAGAUCUUCGUGAAGACCCUGACUGGCAAGACCAUCACCCUGGAGGUGGAGCCCAGUGACACCAUUGAGAACGUCAAGGCAAAGAUCCAGGACAAAGAGGGCAUCCACCCCGACCAGCAGAUGCUGAUCUUUGCAGGCAAGCAUCUGGAAGACGGCCGCACCCUGUCCGACUACAACAUCCAGAAGGAGUCCACCCUGCACCUGGUGCUCCGCCUCAGGGGUGGGAUGCAGAUCUUCGUGAAGACCCUGACUGGCAAGACCAUCACCCUGGAGGUCGAGCCCACUCCCAGCACUGAGAUUGUCAAACUGCAGCAAGAUGGAUGCACCUUUCUCACUACAACAUCUGGAAAGAGCCCUCUGUGUGCUUGUUCCUGGGUUUGAGGGGAGGUGUCGUAGUUUCCCCUUUUAAGCUUUUGGCAGGUUUCAUUACAGUUUGAAUAAAGUUCUUGCAUUCCCACA